CGGGAAGUUUUGCAUCAUUAUCAAGAAGUAAAAUAUGUCGUCGUACUGAUGUUGGGUGUCGUAUCGGCUCGGUCAACCACUGGUGUACUGAUGUCUUCUGGGUCUGGCGGGUGUGAAACCGCAACGCCGCACGUUACUACACCGACGUCCCCAAGUACUACACCACCAAGUCUCCAGAUUAUUACACCACAACUUCGCUGCCCUGAGCUACUACACCGAAUUCCCGAAAAAUUAUUCUUCCCCGAGCUACGCCAUGAAUAGUGUCGAGUACUACACCGAGCCCCCUAAUUACUACACUACUACAUAUCACGGGAGAGAAAAGGCGAUAGAUAUCAGUCGAAUGGUUAUCACUGAUAUGGCAACAUCUGCAGUGCAGUAGUCGUCACCAACUGCAUUCUUCGUCGUACCACCAGUUUUUGCAAUCAUGGUAAACUAUUUUGUCGUGCUGCUGUUGGGUGUCGUUUCGUUGAUGGCCGAGUCGACCACUGGUGUACUAAUGUCUCCUGGGUAUGGUGGAUACCAAAGCACGACGCCGCCGUCGUACUAUGCAACAACAACAUAGACACGACCAGUUACUACACCGAGGCCCCCAAGUACUACACCACCAAGGAACCAGAGUGUUACACAACUACAAAUGCCGCGCCAGCUUAUUACACCGAGGCCCCCAAUAUUACUCUGCUCCCAGCUACUACACCGAGGUUCCAGCUUAUUACACCACUAAAACAGUCGAAUACUACACAGAAGUAAUCAUUGUAAACUAUGGCGUGCUGUUGUUGGGUGUUGGAUCGUUGAUGGCUGGAUUGACCACUGGUGUGCCAAUGUCUCCUGGGUAUGGCGGGUAUCAAACCACUACGCCGGCGUCCGACCUGCUCGUCAAUAACAAAUACGCAACGACCAGUUACUGUACUGAGGCCUCCAAGUACUACACCACCAAUUCACCGGAGUAUUACACAACUACGUAUGCAGCGCCAGCUUACUACACCGAGGCUCCCAAGUACUACUCUGCUCUCAGCUACUGCUCCGAUGCGCCAAAGUACUACUCUUCCCCGAGCUACACAACCCUAACUGAGGCGGCCAAGUAUUACGUAGCCUCAACUUUCUACACAACUGCUGCCCCUUCGUAUUACGCUGAACCGAAAUACUACACCGUUUACUACACCACAACCUACGCUACACUCUACUACUACACCGAAGCUCUGAAGUAGUACACUACGAAGGGACCUGAGUGCUAUGCCACUACAUACGAAGCUACGACCUACUACACCGAAGCUUCGAAGUGUUACUCUGCCUCCAGUUACUACACCGCUAAGGUAUCUGAAUGUUACACACGACCUACGCUUCUCCAACUUACUACAGGGAGGUUCCUAAAUAUUAGAACCGAAUUUGUUUUAUUUAUUUUUGUAUAGAUCUUCUGUCACACAAUAGUUACUUGUUACUGGUAAUUGUUGUUGAUCUUAAGUGAGAUAAUACACUUUUUACAGCGGGUAA